UUCAGAGCGCCGGGUCUUGCAGGAUGCUGUAGGGGCCAGGGUGUAGUGACCCGGGCUUUGGGCGCGGGACCCUGCGUGAUCCGCAGCUCUUCGCCCCUCUUGGCGCAAGCAGCUGCGCGGCUCUUCCACGGGGCUCCCGCAGCUCCGCUCGCGGCGACGCGCCGCCUCCGCGCCACCUCUUCUCAUCCCCCCCGCCACGCUCUUCUCUUCUUCCACACUCUUCGUCGACCUGGGCACGCGCGCGCGUCGCGCCGGGUCGGGGCUGGCGUUGGCGGCGCCGGCACCCCGGCUGCGGCGGCUGCCCAGGCUGGGCGCGUUGCAGCAGGCAGCGGCGCGAGCCGGCGGGCUGCCGCGCAGGACAGGCGGGCAGGCAGCAGCACGACCGAGAGCAUCAUGCCUGCAACCAGUACGCAUGGGGCAGUGCAAGCAGCGGCGCGAGCGAGGCGAACACAAGCGGUUUCAGCAACAGCCGCGUGACCAGCAUGCCUGGGAGCAGCGCGGAGUGAGGCCCAGUUCUGCGGCCUCUGUGUCUGCAUCUGCCAGCCGGUCGUUGGGCUGAAAUUUUCACGUGUUGAGUGCACAUAACCGCAGGGAGCAUUUAAGCACCCCCCCCCCCUUCCGGCAAAUCGAUAACCUUUCCGCACCCUGGAAGCGUUACCUGGCACCAGGAGCCCUCCUCCUCCUCCUCCUCAUCAUCCUCCUCCUCCUCCUCCUCC